CGCGUGCUCUAGCUUUAUGAGUUAUUUGUCAAGCACCAUGGGUGCAAAAUGCAUCUUUGAUGUUUGUGCUGACGUGUGUCCGGCUACUCCUGUUUCCCCUCUAUCUCACCACGUGGUGGACAUCAAAGAUCCGUCAAAGGAGACAGACUAUUUUGCUCAAGGUAAAUGGUGGGCUGUUGGGCAGUAUAUUUAGGCGCCAAGGUAGGUGUGAUUAACCGGCACACUUUUGGGUGACAGCAUGUCCCAUUCACACACUUAUGUUCCUUCCAACAAUGUUAGUGGGACAUGGCAAAUGGGGGAUGUCAUCAAAUAUAUGUCGCUGAAAUUUUAUUGCAGUCGUCGGCUAUAUGGUUGGCUGUGGAGUGUGGGAACGUUUCAGGUGUUAAAAAACCACGCAAUUAGGUCGGGAUGCGCAUAGUAUAAAUACAGACUCCACAGACUCAUCACAAACUUAUUUAGAUUGGGUUGCUGGGCUGCUGUAGCCUACAUAUAGCUUUGUGUGAGAGCUCGUUGAAGGAUAUCCACUCUUAACGUCCCAAGUUGGAACGCCUGUUUCUAACGGCCUGUUUCUAACGGCCAUGGCUCCUUUUGCUGAAAGCAAUAGGCGUACUUCUGUUUACUCGUCCUGUUCAUCCAGUAAUAAGUUACGGAAGCUCGUUGUGGAGAAAAUUCGGAGAGACCGCAUCAACAGCAGCAUUGAGCUACUGAGAACACUUCUCCACAGAGAACAGAUGUGUGGACAGCAGCAGCAGCGCUUAUCCAAACUGGAGAAAGCGGAUAUUUUGGAGUUGGCGGUGAGUUUCUUACAGAAGGAGACCAAAGCGGGCGUUUCGCCCACCUACUCCCAGUGUCUGCAGGGUACCCUCCGCCACCUGUCCCUUCACGCACCCCUGCAGGCUGCAGAACAACAGGAUAUCAAACGUUUUUACGUGCUCCAGAAAACAGCCCUGUCCAGGAGCAUUUCAAGUGAACAGCACGCGCAGUCUGCAGCCAAGUGGUCAACAUCAAGGUCAUCAUCACGGCGGUUCCAAGGCUCUCUGUGGAGGCCAUGGCAAUAGCUUACUGACAACGAUCACUGCAUCACAAGACUAGGGAAGCAUACCUGAACAUUUUGGAUCAUAUUUGCUCCUCUCAACCCAACAACCAAUGCUGUCGUUGAUUUGUCUUAUUUUCAGUAUAGGCUUUUUAUUGUCAGUUGUUCAACAUUUGCACAUAUCUUGUUUUGAUGUACCCAGGAAAUUGUCUACAGUGUAUGACGAACACUGCUUCAAAGCAGUUGUAUUAUUAUAGGGAGUAAGCUUCUGGAAUUAUUUUGCCUUUUGUAAAGGCGUUAUACUCUGUUUUGUUGUAUGGUGUUACUUCUAUUUCAAAUUCAGCAAUGAUUAUUUUCACAUCAUGUUGUAAUUGAUACCACUUCAUGUUGUAAUUGAUACCACUUCAUGUUGUAAUUGAUACCACUUCAUGUUGUAAUUGAUACCACUUCAUGUUGUAAUUGAUACCACUUCAUGUUGUAAUUGAUACCACUUAUUAAACA